UUCCAAUCGGACCAUCUGGGCUUCAAUCAUCCAUGACCACUCGGCUAGCGAGAAAGCUGCCUUCACCGUUGUCGGUAUUUUCUUCAUCUCCGAUUACCAAAUUGACGGAUGGAAUCUUAUCAUCGUUGAUGAGCCAUGGCGGAUCCGGUUUCAGGUGGGCCUCCUCUUUGUCUUCGUCAUCGACAGCCACGACGUGUUCAAAUUCUUCAUCAUCUAAGCGGGAGAAGAAGAUAUCUGACCGUCUAUCAGCCGUUAUAGACGCCGUCAACGACCGGAAACUUCCUCCCGAGCUACGUGGCCAACGCAACAACGUCAGGUCGGAAACCGAUAUCAUCAAUGUAGUUGAGCAAAGAAUAUGGCAUUCAAUGGAAGAGGGCCAGUUCGAGAAUUUACCAGGAAAAGGCAAACCUCUUAACCUCAACACAAAUCCUCAUGCAGAUCCAGCAGAAGACACCCUAUAUAGGAUUCUCUCGAAGAAUGGAUGCACGCCCGAGUGGGUAGAACUUAACAAGGAGAUCAGGGGCCAAGUAUCCGAAUGGCGAGUUGCCUUGGAGAAAGCAUGGACAAGCAAAUGCAACGGAGAUGAUGAAAAAUGGGCCGAGCGUUGUGAAUCAUUAAAGAUGCAAUUACGUGACAUUAACAAUAAGGUUUUCCGGUAUAAUUUGAUAGUUCCUUUCGGCCGUCAGAUGUUCGGACUGAAAUGGGAAAAAGAAGUGGCUCGCCUAGAAGAAUAAGUAGUCUUAAACUCCUAGCCAUGUCAGAACCAGAAGAAUAUAAGUCUCAUAUUCGUAUUCAACCAAGUUUACAUUUUGAUUUGAGCUAAUUGAUUGAAUGAUGAAAGAAUCAACCAAAUGGUCAUUGAAGCUAUACUGUUUAAUUACACAAAUGUAGGGGUGGUUUGGAUAAGGUUGUAAU